CUUACAUAGCUCAAGUCUGCCCUUUUUGCCAUAGUUGCGAAGCUGAGGGAACUCGCCAUGCAGCAAUACUGUUGCAACACUCGUUAGUUGAAACAAUUGGAAUUUUAUUCGGAUACCAAGUAUGAGAGGCAGCUCGCUCAAAGCUUUGCGAGGGGGCGCCAAACAGGGCGCUUCCAUUCCCCAGCGGCGAUGUCUUUCUUCCAGGCCGCGCCGGCGGAGGCUGGAAGUGCGGGCGUUAUUUGACGAAAUGGAGAGUUUCACGAACCUCAUGUCUCCAGGCGCUGCGAGCGUCGUAACUGCGGUCAUUGCGGCGACGUCGGUGAGCCUGAACCUCUAUGGAAACCUCCUCACGGAGAGGAAACGCGCAGACCUCGCCAAGCAGGUGGAGCGUGAGCGGCAGGCGGCCCUGCAGGUUAAGGAGAUGAAGAGCAUGGUGGCCAGGUACCGGGGGCCGCUGCUGGAGGCGGCAGUGGACCUGGAGAACCGGCUGAUGGCGGUGGCCACGGGCCGCACGGCGCGGGGCGGCGGCCGGGGCGUGGUGGAGGAGGAGGUGGUUUACACGCUGUUCACCCUGGCCCAGUUCCUGGGCUUUGUGGAGCUGGUGCGGCGGGAGGGCCCCCGCGAGCGCUCCUUCCUGCAGCAGGGCAACCCGCAGGGCACCGACACGCUGGCCAACCUGCUUGAGGGCUUCCGCUUCGUCAUGUGCGCGCACCCGGCGGCGCUGCAGGCCUGGUACGACGAGGGCGACCACCGCGACCACCCCGGCGCCCGCAGCCGCCCCGGCGUGCCCUACAACACCAUGGUCGACAACAUGCGGGCAGCCACCAGGGCACGCAACGAGGCGGCGGCAGCGGCGGCUGCAGCAGCAGCCGCGGCGGCGGCGGCAGCGGUGGUGGCUGAGCAGGCGCAGGCGGCGUCGAAUGGCGCGGUGGCGGUUGGUGGGUCGGCGGCGGCGGCGGCUCCUGCAGUGGCAGUGGCGGUGGCGGUGGGCGGCAAUGGGGCGGUGGCGGCCGCCGCGGCAGGGGCAGGGUCAGGGACGGGGUUCGAGGGCAAUGGCGUCAGCCCGGCCUGGGAGGCCCAGGCGCGGGCGGCGGCGGCGCAGGCGGCGGCGGGCGUGAGCGUAGCCACGGCGUCCGGCCGCCUGCACCUGGGCGCGACACACGGCGCCACCGCCACUGCCACCGCCACUGCCACCGCCACUAGUAGCAGCAACGGAAACGGAAACGGCGCUGGAAACGGCAGCAACGGCACUGGCGCGGGGCCAGGCACAAGCAGCAGCAGCAGCAGUGGUGCCAGCGGUGCUGUCGCCGGCAAGGUCGGCUCUGGGUCGGGGUCGGGUGGGGAGUACGAGCGCAAGCUGUCGUCCUGGCCUGGCGGCAACGUGUUGCACAUGAGCCGCGGCACACAGCGGGCGGUGGGCAGCUUCAUGAUCAUCACGCCCGUGGGCUCCUCGCGGCACUACACGUUGUCGUACAGCGAGUUCUACACGCGCUUCUACACCGACCCCGCCUUCGCGGCCUGGCUGCGGCCGCUGUACGAGGACCUGGUGGGCCUGGUGGCCACCCCUGGCGGCUGGUCCGGGCUGCAGCCCUUCCCCGUGAACCGCUGGAGCCGGCUGCUGCUGCUGCAGCAGCUGCUGGUGGACACGCUGGACCUGCUGGACCCCUUCUACGUGCGCACGCCCGAGCAGCACCGCUGGAGGCUGGCGCCCACGCCCUACAAGCCGCUGCCCAAUGCUGAGUCUUAUGUGGAGCGGCUGCGUAUGUUGGAGACCAUGGUGGACCCUGCAAUGAGCUCGGUGUUUCUGCGCGCGGGCUGGUCGCGCGGCGGCAAGGACGGCCGCGACACCGGCGGCUCGCACAGCUCCGCCACCGACUACCUGCCCGGCGGACCCACGGGGCAGCUGGGGGCGGGAGACAGGCUGUACUCGAUGCAGCCCGCAUCCGGCGGCGGGGGCGGCAGCCGUGUGGCGGUUGGCUCCAUGUCGUCUUCACUCGACGGGUACGACGACGUAUACGACGGAAUGUACGAAGACGUACCGUUCGACAUGUACGGCACACGUCGUACCGCCGCCGGCGGCGUACCAACCGGUGCCGCCGGACCCGGAUCCGUGCCCGGCGCCGCCACUGACGGCUCGGCGCCGUUCUGGCAGGCGCACGGUGGGCGUUAUAUGUCGGGGGUUGGGGGCGGCAGUGGCACGGGCGUGGCGGGGGGCGGCAACAACAUCAACGGCUAUGGCAAUGUGUGGAAUGGUGCGGGGGGGCCGGGCGGGCCAGCGGGGGGCAACGGCGGGGGCUGGUACGUGCCGCCGCCCGAUGCGCUGGUGGUCCCUGGCGCGAUGUAUCGCCAGCAGCAACAGCAGCAACAACAACAGCAGCAACAACGGCAACAGCAGCAACAACGGCAACAGCAGCAGUAACGGUAAUAGCAGAGAUAGGGUCAGCUUUACGAGCAACAGGAUAUCUUUAGGUCUGGCAUGCACACGUCCCCGUGUUUUUUGUGUGUGAGCGCGGAUGCAAACAUUAGUGGACACCGUGCCGUGCACAUGAGCGAGAUGCCUACGCGGUGACGUUCAAAUCAAAAUCGAUGACUGCGCCGCUGCUGGUUUCUAUUUUCUGAAUUGUUGACGUGUGGCUUCGUACGAGCUGGUGUAGCCAUGUGGAGUGGCAGAGCUGAGACAGCUUUCCGUAGUGCAGAGAUUCAUUGAUAUGUGUGUGGGGAAGCAAGUGUGUGAGCUGGAUACAUAUUUCGUGUUUCGUGCUUUCUAGCAGCAAGCGCGAGCCAGUGAGCUAGGCGCUGGCGCCAGCGGUGCCGCUAUGCGCGUCAUUGCCGUGUGAAGAUGCGAUGUGUUUUGCAUGGCAUCUUGCAUUGUUCGAUUGAAGCGCACGGUAGCUAUUAUGGAUCGCGAAUCAUAGAUUAUGGAGUGCAGAGGGAACAUAUUUCGUGGGCCUGCGAGAGCAGGUGAGAGAGCACACUGCUGUCAUGCUUACGCGAGGGACGUGAGAAGAUGACAUGUGACAGGCGGUUGUGUGCCACCUUUUGACUUGAGGCCAUCAGGGGGCAUCCCUGGCGGUCCCGGAAGCGAGGCCCCACCGCAACAGCCCCCAGUCCCCAGGGGCUGGUGAGGGAGGGCCUUAUGGUCCCUGGAGCGGGAGACGGGAGGGCUGCGGUGUAGAGUGCAUGGGGUGAUGGCCUUGGUGGUGGCGGACGAGUGGCGUGUGGAGACUGUCAGGUGUGGUGUGGAGAGAGCGAGUUGCGUGCUGAGGGUGACUCCGUGACGGCGGGUGGGUGAGGUCCGAGGUCGUGAGAUGGACAAACACACUGCGUAUCCCAUUGCAAAGGGAGUGCGGCGCGCGUGCGGCUGUGCGGCCCUGUGCUGGCCGGCUCGCGGCUCACGUCUCCCUGAAAGGGACGUAGCAAGGUCACCGGGGGGUAGCGCCUCUGAAAUACAGUGCAGUUCAGCAGCAGCGUGCGUGACAGGCCGCCGGGUGCGUGGGCCGUGCUUUGUAACAACACAUCUUGACAUCAAGUAAGCCCGGCGCGGUGCAGGAAUGGUAAGACUGAAUGACUACCGUAGGCUAAACAGCUGCAGCAGUACUGUAAGGGCUGCCGACA